UUUUAAUUAGCUUUAAACAUAAUUUUAAGAAUCUUCUGUUUUUUAUUUUAUGUGGUUAUAUUUAACAAAAUGGAUACCAACAAAAUAAGAAAUUUAAACAAUGAUUUAUGUUGUUGUUUACAAAGUUUAGAUUCACAUAAAAUCACAGAAAGAAAGGUAGGUUAAGUUAUUUAAUUGUUAUUCAUUUAUAUUUAAAAAUAACUUAGAUUUAUAAAAUUAUUAGAAGUUGAUUAAGUUUACUCAAACACUCAAAAAUCCUCUAAGGGCUAUUUACAUUUAAAAUAUCCAAACAGUUCUUAACAAAAAAAUGUAUGUCAUUUUUUGUCAAACAUGGUUUUAGGUUCACAGGGGGUUAACUUUCCUAACUCGUAUAGACUUCUAAUUUUGAUAUAUAUAUAUAUAUUUUUUUUUUUCUGUUGGAUAGAGAAUUGAUUUCUUACUGGGUGCAUCGGAAUACAAUUUUUAAUAAUGUAACAAGCUACAAAAAAAAAAAUUGUACAUAUUUAGUUAUAUAUAACUACAGUUAUAGCGUUUAGAAAUAUUAUAUACAAAAUCCAAAUUUAAUGUUCAUUAUAAGAAGUAAAAAACAAAUUUAUACAGAACAUACUCCACACAAUAGGUAAGCCACUGUAGUAGGUGAGAAGUUGGAAAGAAGAGAAUUUAAUAUAUAUUUAUAUACAACAAUUAAUGAUUCCUAACGCAAAACGUUUCGGAGCAAAAUUCGCUUAUACAUGUUUUAAAAGGCUAUAUUUACCAUUAUCAUCAAAAUUAGAUAUUAACUCUUAUGAAUAAAAAAAUGACUAAAUGAACCAACUAUCAAAUUUUCAAGUAUUUCAUUUUAGUCUUCAUAGUUUUAUUCACAGAGUACUUACUGAAUAAAAAUUAUGUAAAACAACUCUGAAAUUAAAAUUUCUAUAAAUAAUACAAUAAUGGCUAAAAUAUUUUGAAAAUUUCAUCAUGUCUAGAAAAGGCAAAUAUAAGUUUUCUAUUGAUUUUUCAAAUCUCUACAAAUAUUUUAAAUUUAAUUACAACAAGAAAAACAAUCGCAAAUCAUUAAAGCAUUAUUUUCAUAAAUGUUCUUAAUUAUUAUGAAAACUGCUCAUAAACUAUGUGAUAUUAAUUAGACAAAAUUUCCUUGCAGAAAAGAUGCUACACUUGAUACAUUAGAGUAAGAUUUUUGGUAGAAUUUUUGUAUUAUAAAACCAAUACAUUUCUGGCUCCUCUUAAAAAUUUUAAAUAACCGGAAUCUGAUAUUUUUACGAAGCAGGAGAGUUGAUCUUGUAAUGCACUAUUUUCCCAUUAAGUCUAAUUUUAAUAGAUCUUUCUUGACUAACCACAAUCAACUACUUACACCUACAUAGUAUGAAUAUUAAGUAAGGUACCUACCUACAAUAAAUGUGGAUUAUGUAGUAAUAUUUGUCUAUUUUAAAAUAAUAUCAAUCACCAAACUUACCAUUAUUCUUUAAUGCCAUAAACAGUAAAAAUUCUUACUUCAUAGUUUUUUGGUUAUAAUAUAUAUCCAGAUGUCUUAUAAACCCAUACCCUUAUUUUUAAGGGUAUAAUCACUCACAGGCUAAUUAUAUUCAAUGUACAAUACUUAUAGGAACAAAACUUUUUAAGGUUUAAUGAAUUCCAUUCUCUGUCAUAAAUUAAACAAGAUUACAGAUAAUUUUUAAAAGUAAUUAAAUUUAAUACCUCAACCACAAUGUAAUUAAAAACUAUACAAAACUGUAGUUUUAAAUUUUAAUUACAUCACGAUUACUACAGUUUUAUCAAAUAAUUUGUUCAAUGUUUCACUAUAAAAUAUAUAUUUUGUAUAUUAUAAUAUUCAAUUAAAAAUAUAUCAAGUAUAAGUUUUGUUUUCUAAUAUAUAUUUAUUUAAAUAGACAAAACGGCAAGAAAUUCAACAUCUAUUAGAAAAUGAUGAAGUCAUUGAAAUUUUGAAUUAUAAUAGUGGUCAACAAUUGAAAAAAUCUCCAACGACUAACGAUGAUUAUCUUGCAACAUGGAGAUGUCUUUUUAAUUGUUAUCACAGAAGUUUAAUUCUUGUAAGUAAAAAUAAUGUAUUGUCAACAUGAAUUAAUGUAAUCUUCUAGUUCAUGGUUUCCAAGUAUUAUUUAAACCAUAUUAAACUUACUUUUAUCAGGAUAUUGAGAAAGAAGAUACAAAAAGACAAAGGUUAGGUAUUGACUAUAAACGACCUAAUUUAGAAAGCAGUUCUAUUUUAUUGAAAAACAUUAUCAAUAAAGCUAACAAAAGUAUGUAUAUUAUAAAUUAACGAUUAUUAUACUUAUUUCUCAUUUUAUACAUUAUAGUUUGACAAGAAUAAUUUAAUGCUUUUCAUAUAUGGAUGAAUAAGUCUAUUAUUGAGCUCUUGAACUGUUGCCCAUUCAUAAUCUUUCCAUGUACAUUUUUCUUCAACAUUUCCAUCCAAAAGUGUUGCCUUGAAAAAAAAUAUUUUUGCACCUUCUACAUUUGAUUGUUCUCGUUUUGUUUUUGGGUACUUAUACUUAUAAAAACCGCAAGGAGCGUUGCCAUAAAACCUAACUCUUAUAUGAUUACCACAUGAUUCUUUUAAUACUCUUUCAGCUGUUUCUUUUAAUGUUUCACCAUUUGUCCACAAACCUUGAGGUAGAAUCCAAAAAUCGUCAUGUCCUAAUUUUUGUUUUAUAACAAAUAUUAAAUUUUCUUCAAGUUUUCUAUUUAAUGAUUUAUUAUCCAUUUUUUCAUCAGCUUCAGUUAUACGACUAGAUAAUUUAAACUUUAAGAGUUCUUCUUUGUUUUGAUCUAAAUAAUCUUGCGCUGAUUGAUUAGUGGCUGGAUCUGCAUCAUCAAAAUUAAUUUUACCCUUUUUUAAUUGUUCUAUUCUCUGUACAUCUUUAUCAUGUCUAAGUUCAUGGUCUGAUUUUAGGCUCUUUUCAAAUUCAAUCUCUUGUAAAAUAUUUUGAUAAUUUACCUCAAUAUUCGUUAAUGAUUUUGUAAUCACAGGUUUACGUUGCAGACAUAUACCGGCCAUUAUGUCCCAUUUAACUUUCUGCGUGGAAUACGUUCUAUUAAAAAAAGUUAACAUCGUUAGGUUACUAAUAAUUUUCAUUUUUACAUUUAUGUACCUAUUUGAUAGUUAUGAAUUUUACAAAUAAACGAAACAUCAAUCAUAAUUAUGAAAUAAGUGUGUUAUCACUUAUUCACUUAACACAUCAGUUGUGGCCAACUUAAUAUAUGUCAUGGAGGUAUUCAGUGAUGUAAAUUAAAACCAAGAAUGGAGAUUUAUAUAUACAUAUUCUUCCUCUAUGUAGUAUUACUGAUAGCUAUAAUAAGUAAAAACCAAAUUUUUUACAAAAUUUUACCAAGACAUUGUACUAUAAUAUAGUAGUAAUUGUUCAGUGUUCUUAAAAUCUUAAUGUAUUAUGAAAUUAGAACAUAAAACACUUGAAACCGCAAGUCACUACAAU